GUAGCGCCGGCCGGGCGUCUCUGAAGCCUUGGCCGCCCAUGGGGGAGGUGGAGCCCGGGCCCGCGAGCCCGCUGGAGCCCCCGGAGCCACCUGAAGCGGCGGCGUCUCGCCGGCCCGGAGGGAUCCGGGUCCUGAAGAGAAAUAUGAAACACAAUGGGAACAGAAACUGUUUGAAUAGAAGAAGUAGGUUUGGUUCUCGAGAAAGAGACUGGCUGAGAGAAGAUGUGAAGAGAGGCUGUGUUUAUCUUUAUGGAGCAGACACGACCACUGCCACUACAACCUCCACCUCUUCUUCUUCCUCCACAUCCUCCUCCUCUUCUGACUUACAUCUUGUCCUUUGCACAGUAGAGACACCAGCAUCAGAAAUAUGUGCUGGAGAAGGAAGAGAAAGUCUCUAUCUACAGCUUCAUGGAGACUUGGUCAGGAGAUUGGAACCCACUGAACGGCCUCUCCAGAUUGUUUACGAUUACUUAUCAAGGCUGGGAUUUGAAGAUCCUGUGCGCAUACAGGAGGAGGCUACGAACCCUGACCUCAGCUGCAUGAUUCGAUUUUAUGGUGAAAAACCAUGCCAGAUGGAUCAUCUGGAUCGAAUCCUACUGUCUGGCAUCUAUAAUGUACGCAAAGGAAAAACUCAGCUUCACAAAUGGGCUGAACGCCUAGUUGUUCUCUGCGGUACCUGCCUUAUUGUUUCCUCAGUGAAGGAUUGUCAAACUGGAAAGAUGCAUAUUUUGCCUCUGGUUGGAGGAAAGAUAGAAGAAGUGAAGCGCCGCCAACACUCCCUUGCUUUCAGCUCAGCUGGAGCCCAAGCUCAGACCUAUCAUGUCAGCUUUGAGACUUUGACUGAAUACCAGAGAUGGCAACGGCAGGCAUCUAAGGUGGUGUCCCAGCGAAUCAGCACUGUGGACCUUUCAUGCUACAGCCUUGAGGAGGUUCCUGAACAUCUCUUCUACAGUCAAGAUAUCACCUACCUCAACCUGCGACACAACUUCAUGCAAUUAGAAAGACCAGGGGGCCUCGACACACUCUACAAAUUUUCUCAACUGAAGGGCCUGAACUUAUCCCAUAAUAAGCUUGGACUGUUUCCUGUGUUGCUGUGUGAGAUUUCUACCCUGACUGAGCUCAACCUUUCUUGUAAUGGAUUUCAUGACUUGCCAAGUCAGAUUGGCAAUCUGCUAAAUCUUCAGACCCUUUGCCUUGAUGGCAAUGUUCUCACCGCUCUACCCGAUGAAUUGGGAAACCUGCAGCAACUUACUUCUCUGGGAAUUUCCUUCAACAAUUUUAGUCAAAUUCCUGAGGUUUUGGAGAAACUCACCAUGUUAGAUAAAGUGGUUAUGGCUGGAAACCGCUUGGAAGUCCUGAACUUAGGAGUGCUGACCAGGAUGAGCCAUGUUAAGCAUGUGGAUCUCAGGAUGAACCACUUGAAAACCGUGAUUAUUGACAGUCUGGAGGGAAACAAACACAUCACUCACGUGGAUUUGCGCGACAAUCAGUUGACUGAUUUGGAUCUUAGCCCCUUAUGUAGCUUGGAGCAGCUGCAUUGUGAGCGGAACCAGCUGAGGGAGCUGACACUCAGUGGCUUUUCCCUUCGAAACCUCUACGCCAGUUGGAACAGGCUGACAGCAGUGAACAUCUACCCAGUGCCCAGCCUGCUCACUUCUUUGGAACUCUCCCGAAACCUGCUAGAGUGUGUCCCUGACUGGGCCUGUGAAGCAAAAAAGCUAGAAAUACUAGAUAUGAGCUACAAUCUUCUCACCGAGAUUCCUGUGAGAAUUCUGAGUAGUCUGAGUCUCCGGAAGCUGAUGGUAGGACACAACCACAUCCACGUCCUUCCAGCACUGGUGGAGCACAUUCCGCUUGAGGUGCUGGAUAUCCAGCACAACACUCUCUCCAGGCUGCCAGACACUCUCUUCUCCAAAGCCUUAAAUCUCAGAUACUUGAAUGCAUCUGCAAAUAGUCUGGAGUCUCUGCCUUCUGCGUGUGCUGGAGAGGAGAGUCUGAGUGUGCUGCAGCUACUGUACCUGACCAACAACCUCCUGACAGACCAGUGCAUACCUGUCUUGGUCGGGCACCCACACCUGCGAAUCCUGCACCUCGCAAACAACCAGCUGCAGACCUUUCCUGCAAGCAAACUAAAUAAAUUGGAGCAAUUGGAAGAACUGAACCUAAGUGGGAACAAGCUUAAAGCCAUUCCCACAACUAUAGCGAACUGUAAAAGACUACACACCCUUGUUGCACAUGCCAACAACAUUAGUAUUUUCCCAGAGAUUCUGCAGCUGCCUCAGAUCCAGUUUGUAGACCUGAGUUGCAAUGACUUGACAGAAAUACUCAUUCCAGAGGCUCUGCCUGCUACAUUGCAAGACCUUGAUCUGACAGGAAAUACAAAUCUGGUUUUGGAACACAAGACUUUGGACAUGUUUAGCCAUAUCACAACCCUGAAAAUUGACCAGAAGCCUUUGCUAACCACAGAUUCUACAGUUACAUCAACCUUCUGGAGCCAUGGACUGGCUGAGAUGGCAGGGCAGAGAAAUAAACUGUGUGUGUCUGCUUUGGCUAUGGAUAACUUUGCAGAGGGGGUAGGAGCUGUGUAUGGCAUGUUUGAUGGGGACCGGAAUGAGGAGCUCCCUCGUCUGCUGCAGUGUACAAUGGCAGAUGUGCUUUUGGAAGAAAUACAGCACUCAACAAAUGACACAGUUUUCAUGGCCAAUACCUUCUUGGUAUCUCACAGGAAAUUAGGAAUGGCUGGCCAGAAGCUGGGUUCCUCUGCUCUCCUGUGCUACAUUCGACCUGACACUGCUGACCCAACAAGUAGUUUUAGCUUGACUGUAGCCAACGUUGGUACAUGCCAAGCGGUCCUGUGCCGAGGUGGGAAGCCAGUAUCACUUUCUAAAAUCUUCAGCCUGGAGCAGGACCCAGAGGAGGCACAGAGAGUGAAGGAUCAGAAAGCCAUCAUAACAGAGGACAACAAGGUGAAUGGGGUAACCUGCUGUACCCGGAUGCUGGGAUGUACAUACCUCUACCCAUGGAUCCUCCCCAAACCCCACAUAUCUUCCAUUCCACUUACCAUUCAAGAUGAAUUGCUUAUUUUGGGGAACAAAGCACUAUGGGAACACUUGUCAUAUUUAGAAGCUGUCAAUGCAGUGCGACAUGUUCAAGACCCAUUAGCUGCUGCUAAGAAGCUGUGCACAUUAGCACAGAGCUAUGGUUGUCAGGACAACGUGGGGGCAAUGGUGGUUUACUUGAACAUUGGUGAGGAAGGCUGCACCUGUGAAAUGAAUGGACUCACUCUUCCAGGUCCUGUGGGGUUUGCUUCAACUGCCACCAUUAAGGAUGCCCCCAAGCCAACCACUCCCUCCUCUAGUAGUGGGAUUGCCUCAGAAUUCAGCAGCGAGAUGUCCACCUCAGAGGUGAGCAGUGAAGUGGGCUCCACUGCUUCUGAUGAGCAUAACACUGUGGGCCUGGAGGCUAGCUUGCUUCCAAGGCCAGAGAGGCGCUGCAGUCUGCACCCAGUACCCACUUCAGGAGUUUUCCAGCGCCAGCCUUCUUGUGCUACCUUUUCCAGCAAUCAGUCCGACAAUGGACUGGACAGUGAUGAUGAGCAGCCUGUUGAAGGGGUCAUAAGCAACGGCAGCAGGGUGGAGGUGGAGGUGGACAUCCACUGCUGCCGAGGACGAGACCUUGAGAGCUCCCCUGCUCUCCCCAAGAACUCCACCCCGUGUCCAGAGGAACAUGCUAGAGGCUUGGUUUUGGGGAUCCGAAGACAGAACAGUGUGAAUAGUGGUAUACUUUUGCCAAUGAACAAAGACAAGAUGGAGUUACAGAAGUCUCCCUCCACUUCCUGCCUGUAUGGAAAGAAACUCUCCAAUGGCUCCAUUGUGCCCCUAGAAGACAGCCUGAACCUCAUUGAGGUGGCUACAGAAGCACCCAAAAGGAAAACUGGCUAUUUUGCUGCCCCUACUCAGCUGGAACCAGAGGAUCAGUUUGUUGUACCUCGUGACCUGGAAGAAGAAGUGAAGGAGCAAAUGAAGCAGCACCAGGAGAACAGGCCUGAGCCCGAGCCCAGUGAAGAGGACCGGACUGAGCCUCUGGAGGAGUUUGAUACAGCGCUGUGAUUCUGCCCCAAGGGCACAGCAUGAGGGAGGGCUAUGUGGUAUAUUGGGGAAGGGACCUUCAGGAGAUGCUUUGCUUCAGUGUUUCAAACCAUAGAUGUGUGGAGUAGAAUUUGGAGCCAAAAAGUUGAGCACUAUCAGGGUCUGGUUCUGGAUGAGCUGGUACCGCCAUCAGUGUUAAGUUUCACAUUGAACCGUCAUUGGAUUCCUGGCAUCAUUGCUGGGAGACAGCAGAUGUUAUUCUGUGUCAGUCCUGCCACCUGCCAUUAACCUUUCCUCUCCUAGGAUCAUUUGAGAAUUUGCCUGCCUGGGCAGGAAAAGGACUGUUUCUGUGGAGAAAGUAACCGAAGGUUGAUUCUCUUUACUAAUUGCUGCUGAUGGGUCUCUGUAACAGAGAAGUCACCUUAUGUCUCAGACUAACUAGGGGUGUGAUGUGACUAGUCACAUGGCUUUUCAUUCUCUACGAGAAUAUAGCCUAUCAAAAUGAUGUCUAUUGGAGAUACAGAACCAAUCAAGCAGGUAAUUUAUGUAUGUAAUGUUAUGUAAUGAGAGCACUUUUCAUUGACUGUGAAUCUUUUUUUUUUUUUGAAUCUGCACUCGAGCCAAUCUUCUUAGCGGCAGCCCAGCUCCCUUGUCCGUAGGUGAAGUAAUUGAGGGCGGAGCCUUUGAGAGUACUUGGAAGGGUCGCGGAAAUUGAUCUAUUGAAUGUUAGACUAUGAAAACUUAGAAACUUGGGGUGGGAGGAUUUUAUUCUGUAGAGGAAGAUGGGGAUGGAGUGAGAACUAAGACUCCUUCCCCCAAAUCAAAGAGACUCAGCCCUGAAUAAGCUGAUCCCUACUUGGAACUAGGAUCCCAAGGCAGCUACUGUGGAUUGGCUUCCUUUCCUAAAUGUGAGAGUUGGCGGACAGCUCUUGACAGGUAGACUGACGACCAACUAGGAACAUAAGGGUAGACAAAGUUCACAGGUUAGACUUGUUCCUCUCUCAAGAGCAGGAUGUUUUUCUAGAAUGGUGGUAGUGACUUGAACACUCACCCUGGAGUGUUUGACAGUGUGUGACCCUUCUGAAUACUGCUGGUUCCACUGACAUGGUUCAGAGUACUCAACACCAGGGUAAGAAAGACUGUUCAACUCAGAAAUUGCUAAGCAUACAGAAAACCUGUCACUUUUUUCAUAUUCCACAUAACCAUAGUAAAUUACAGCUUCUUGUAUAUUUCUGUUAGGUUUACAUAGGAAACUAAUUCCUUUUUAUUGAUACAAAUUUUGGGAUUGCUUGAUUUUACUCAAUGGAAAAUGUGCUGUGAAGUUUUAGAGUAUUACAUAACUAAAAAAUAGAUUGGAACAAUCUUUAAUUUGCUUUAUCAGAAACAAAUUGUUAAAUAUAAGAUUGAAAGCAUGUAUUUUCUUUUAUGUUUGGAGAGGAAGUUUUUGUUUAAAGCAAUACUAAAGAACAGAUGAUCUUUCACAGAUACUCUGUCUCCAGAGGCCCUGUGCCCUGCACUCAUGUGCACACCAGAGGGUUACACUUGGGUAGGGGAGAUGCUGUAUCACUCUAGUGGUACCUAAUGUUUAGUCCCAAGUCGUCAGGAACACUUAACUUCCUCUGUCAAACUACUGUCAGUUACUGGAAAAUGUUAGAACUCAGGUCUUUGAUUGGGGUGGGGGCACAGUAGCUUGUGCAGAGUCUGGGUGUGUUAGUGAGACGAGAAACUGUUGCCACCUUAUUUUUAUAUGGGAGAAUGAGAGUGAAGGAGAAACACAUGGUACGGAUGACGUAAGGUAGCCUCCUCUGCAGAUCUUUUGAGCUGUAGAACAGCAGUGAUGUUGAGAAAUCAGUUAUUUGAAAAAAAUAGCACUUCAGUAGCAUAGUCUUAGAAAAAGUGUCUUUAUAUGUGAAUUGUUUCCUUGUCUUCUGUUUGUUUAUCACCCCAUUCACUAAUGUCAUCUCAAAACCCAGGCCUGAAAUGACCUUGACAGACAUGAACAUCCUUGCUUUUGGGCUAGCAGAACUCUGCAGUUCCACUGUCCUUUGUGGUGGAGUUUUCAGGAUUCCUUAGGUUGUGUUGAGAAAUCUCAGUAUAGGCCAAACCAAAACCAAUGGUUCUGUUUUUGUAAUUGCCUUUCUUUCAUGUCCUGUCAUUACUCUGUAUUAAAAACAGGGUUCAAAGGCCAUAGCCCAAUCCCUAAAACAUAAUACACAUCUCCCGUGGCUGUGAGGUGAUUGGCUGAUGUUGUUACCUGGAUGGGCUGUCAGGUGAGUAAGACCCCUUCUUCUUACUUAGAGUGUGUGUUCUCCAGGUGGCCAGAGUACCAGUUACCUCUUACAGGGAGCCCACCCUCUGUAUGAUUCUUGAGUCUCUGCCUGCAUCUCCCAUUUAAUUCAUUUAAGAGACUUUGUGGGGUCAGGUGUGGUGAGACAGUGGUAUGCAGUUGCAAAUCCUCACUUGGGAGGUGAAAGCAAGAGGAUCAGGAAUUCAGGGUUAUCAUUGGCUACAGAGAGAGUUCAAAUCCAGUCUGGUAUGCAUGAGUCUCUUCCUCAAAACAAAACAGGGUUUCUGAAGGAAGAGCACUGGGCUGUAGGUGCAGUUCCGGAGGCUCCCUGCAAGGGAGAAUGUCUGUGCCCUCCAGUCAAGGUAUUGUUUUUAACCCAGUGGACAGACAGCUGAAAAUCCCAAUGCUGACCUGAAAUAAAGUUCUGGUGCCGCUCUGGAGUCCAGCCAUUGUGCAGACUACUGCUGACACAAGCAAGGCUUGAUCACACUACUGUGGAGCGCACACGUGCAGUAAUCAGUGAACUGGUUUCCGUGGUGUGCGGAAGAGCCGCCUAAGCAGCUGGUAAUCUCUGGGUGCUAUUACAGUCUGUGUGUGACGAAUGCUGUUUUCCAGGCAGUCAGAUCGGGCCGAUCCUCUGAAUACCCAACAGUGCUCCUCUUUCUGUGUAGCCCUUCAGCAAAAGCAGGUACUUGGAAACCGCAGGCUCACUGUCUCUACCUAGUCAAUAAUUAUUAAUGAAGAGACCUCCAUAAGGGAGCACUUGGCUGUUACUGAUAAAUGUACCAAUUACUAAAGAAUCCGUCUCCAAGCCAUCUGGUGAUGUCUGCAGCAUCACUGUAGAACUGUCUGUGUCACUUUUUACUUCUGGGUGGAGCCUUUCAGACUCCCCAAGGCAGGUUAAUCUUUCUCUCCAGGUAGUGACUUUGCCCUGUACUUGGGCAAGCACUCUCUAGACUGAGAGAAGCAGCUACAUACAUCUGCUCUGUACUGUCAUUCGGUGAUCGGCCAAUCAGCAUUAGCUCCUUGUAUCUAAAUCUCAUGCACCUCUCCCAAAUGCUAUAGGGUUUUCUCUCACUGUUGCCAGUGGAUGUCAUUCAAACAGUGGGCUCAUAUCUUUGGUUUUUGUGCAAUCAUUGUCGUAUUGUAGUCCUAAGACUCAUUAUAGUGUAUUUUUGAUAUUUUUGAAAUGUGUUAAAUUUUUUAAUUCAAUAAUAUGAGCCAGAGCAUGUUGCAGCAAAUCUAUUGUUUGUAAAAAAAUAAUAACAAUAAAUAAAAUAAAAUAGAGUAUC